AUGGUUAUUGUUUUUCCUUCCACCACACUCUCAGCAGCAGAAGACAGGGUCCCUCCUGACCAUAUCUAUCCUUUUGGAACCAAAGAGAAUUUUUGGGAAAUGGCUGAUGUAGGUCCCUGUGGUCCAUGUACUGAAAUACAUUAUGAUUUCAUUUCUUCUGGUGCAGAGGAUGCCUCUAAAAGGAUUAAUGCUGAUAGGCCAGAUUUAAUAGAAAUAUGGAAUCUGGUUUUCAUCCAGUAUAAUAAAGAAAACGAUGGUUCAUUGAAAAAGAUACCUAGCUUGAAUGUUGAUACUGGCAUGGGAUUUGAAAGACUGACCGCUGUUUUGCAAGGCACCAUGUCAAAUUACGAAACUGAUAUUUUUAUACCAUUAUUUAAUGCAAUUGAAAAAAACUUGGGAAUUCGCUCAUAUACCGGUAAAGUUGGACGUGAAGAUCGAGAUGAGAUUGAUACAGCUUAUAGAAUAAUUGCUGACCAUUCUCGCAUGUUAUGCAUUGCAAUUUCAGAUGGUUUGUUUCCAGAUGCUCAUGAUGCUGGUCAUGUUUUGAGAAAAAUUAUCAGAAGAGCUGCAUAUACAGCCAAUCGUACCAUGAAAGCAAGGCCUGGCCUUUUGAGCUCUCUAGUGCCGUAUGUAGCUGAAACACUGGACUUCUUCCCUGAAGUUGAAAAGCAUGUAAAUGAGAUUGUUGACAUUGUGAACGAAGAAGAGAAGCAGUUUCAUUCUGUGAUAAACAAAGGUCGCAAAGCAAGAAAUAAAAUUCUUUCAGAAAAUGCGAACAACACUUUAAGUGGGCUCAAUGUGUUGAAUCUACACCAGCAGUUUGGCCUAGAAGAAAUAAUUAUUAAAGACUUAGCAUCAGAAAUAAAUGUUAAACUGGAUUGGGAAGGUUACCAAAGACUAUUAAAAGAACAGGCUGCUACUAUAGUCCGAUCUCAAGGAAAAUCUGAUUCUUUCUCUCAAAUUGUUCAAAUUCUUAGAAGACAUGAUAUUCAGCCAUCAGAAGAUUUCUUUAAAUAUGAUUAUUCCACAGAUAAAAGAACAUACGGUGUAAGAACAGUUAAAGGCAAUGUUCUGGCUAUCCUGAAAGAAAAAGAAUAUCUACCCGAAGUCAGUGAAGGUGAUCCCUGUUUGAUUGUAACUGAUAAAACAAACUUCUAUUCAGAAGCAGGAGGGCAAACUGCUGAUUUAGGGAAAAUUUUUAAUGAAGAUUUUGAUUUUAAUGUUGAAAAUGUGUCAUCGGCAGAAGGUUUUGUUUUUCAUCAUGGUAUAGUAAAAACCGGGAAAAUAAAAGUUGGUAAUGAAGUUGAAUUAUCCAUUGAUAGAGAUCAUCGGAUGUCUUGCAGUCAGAAUCAUACAGCAACACAUCUGCUUAACAAUGCUUUGCAAAAACUUCUGCCUCAUACUAGUCAACGCUCAUCUUAUGUUGGUCCACUUUUUCUACGCCAUGGUUUUAGUGCCAAGGCAUCAUUGUCCAGGGAGCAGAUUGAAUUCAUUGAAAAAUAUGUUAAUGAUGUAAUUAAUAACAAUCUUUCUGUGAGAAGAAUUGAAAUGCCAUUUAUUGAGUUAUUGGAUAAUCCUAAUGCUGUUGUUCUUCGAGGUGAGGAAUACCCUGACACUGUUCAUGUUGUUAGUAUUGGUUCUGAUGAUAGCUCUACUGCAAUAUCUAUAGAACCAUGCUGUGGAACGCAUGUGCUCAACACAGCCGACAUUGAUAAGUUUAUUAUCAUCCCGUCCAAAUCUCAUGGAGGAUCCAUAAAGAUUAUCAGUGCAGUUACAGGUAAACAGGCAUCCAUUGUUGAAGAAAAUGGUAGAAUUAUGGAGGAGAAAGUUUCUCACUUAACAGAUGAAGUUAUGUCUACUUUAAUAAAAUUGAAUCAGCCUCUUUCAACCACAAAGGACUUUGUAUUUAAAGUGAAUAAUACAUUUAAGUUUCAAGACUAUGUUUUCCACAGAGGAUUUGUUGAAAACGGAAGCGUAAUGCCGAUGCAAUUAGUAAAUUUACAAGUGAAUGAGGCAAGUCGAUUAGCUGCUUCCCAGAAUCAUACUGCUAUCCAUUUGCUUAAUUCUUCAUUAAAAAAGGAACUACCCUAUGUUUGCCCACUUUCUGCUUUUGCUAGUUCCAGAGCUAUGAAACUAACUUUUUCUAGUAAGCAUCCUGUAUCUGAUGACCAACUGAAAAGAGUGGAAGAUAAUGUAAAUGAACUCAUCAAGCACAAUCUACCUGUUAAGAAAUUGCUUCUUCCUGUGUCAAAUUUAACAGACUUUCCAGUAUAUAAAUCAUCCCUUUUCAAAGAAUGUCAAAAAGUAGUUCGCUGUAUUUCCAUUGGGAAAGAAAGUUCUAAUGUAAAAUCUAUUGAACCAUGCUAUGGAACCCAUGUCAGUAAAACCUUAGAAAUAGGGAGGUUUAUUAUUACUUCAAGCAAAACCAAUAAGGACAAACAUAAAGUUAUACAAGCUGUUACUGGAGAAAAAGCCAAAAAUGUCAUGCAAGAAGCUGAAACUUAUGACAAAGAAAUGAGCAUACUGGAAAAUUAUGUGUCUUCAUGUUUAGAAAAAUGCGAGGUUUGUUUUAUGGUUAAUAAUUUGGAAUUAUGGGACUGUUUGAAAGAAGUAAAGAUUGCAAAAGGCUACCAUGAAACAGAACUUCCCGUUCUUUUAUUUCGAGAACAUCAAAAUAGGCUAUCCGAACUAACAAAGCGAUUGACAGAAGCGACCAAUGAUUUUGUUCAGGAAGGAUUUAAAAAAAUAAAGUCAGAAAUGACAUCCAUAGCUGACAGGUACAAGAAAGAAGAGUAUAUUGUGCACAAGCUCGAAUCUGUUGGUGAUGGGAAGAAGAUAAUAAACUAUGCAAUUGAAGUAUCAGGAAGUAAACCAGUCUUAUAUUUUGUCCGAGAUGGUCAUAGUGCUGUAAUUUGUUCCUGCAGUGUACCUAAGGAAUACAUCAAAGAAUCUUUUAACGCUCUUCUGUGGAUACAACCGGUUGCAGCUUUGCUCUCCGGAAAAGCCAGAGCUCUGACAAAAGAUCCUGAAAUGUUUUAUUCCAUUGUUUCUACCAAUUUAGAUAAAGUAGAUGAUGCUGCUAGUGUUGCAAAGGAAUUCGUUUUAUCUGUUCUAAAUAAAUGA